AAAACACGCGGCGGUUAUUCACACUGACAGCAGCAGAGCCAGUUUGCUCUCAUUCACACACCCAUAAUUCUCAGUCAGAUGAGUUCAUCUCCUGACAAAGCUUUGUAGCAGUCCAUACAGAGAACUGGAUUACGAGUCAUUCUUCUAAGACAAAACUACAGCAACAUCAGAUAAAAACAUUGGUUCCAGUUUUCAGCCAUGGUUCUGUUCGAGGAUCAGGAAUGUGGGGUCUGUUACCUGCAUUACUCCCGCAUCGACCGUGUUCCCAGAACCCUCCACUGCAACCACACAUUCUGCACCCCCUGUCUGGAGACAAUGGGGCUGCAUUACAGCGGCCUGCGCACCAUUCGCUGUCCCCUCUGUCGCCAGGUGACUUGUGUGGACCGAGGGCUUAGCUUGCAGGAGGUUCUUUUUGUCAAUAGCCAACUGUGGGACAACAUUUGUGAUGAGCAAGAGGAGGAAGAGGAUGAGAGAGAGCAGGAAAAGGAGAAAGAUGGGAAAAACACUAAUAUGCAGGUGCUGCCCUCAUCACAGGCUGAAUGUCAAGUGCCAAAACACUACAGACCCAAAUUCCGACUCCCAGCUUUCCUUAAGAGAAUGAGUUUUUCCAGGCACCCUGAAGAGAGGAUUGUUCCCACCUGCAAUGUACAAAUGAUGUCAUGGCGAAGGCUUUCAUUGGAAGAGAUUUUGUGAAAAGUGGAACGGACACCAUAAACAAAGGAUUAACAAUAGAAACAAUAGACUUUCCGUAUGUUUUGCUGCUGUCAUUAAAAGUAUAUGCCAUGUACUAAUUACGCCUGGCAUACUGAAAAUACAGGAGCAACAGUCGGUCCUGGACAAGGUUGUUUAAACAAACCCAAUCCCCAAUCUCCAUGUGCUUCUGCGACUGCAUUUUCCAUUUGAAUAGCCACAAGUCUGAAUCCCAUCUGAGGGGAACUUCUCAUUAGAUAUUCCACCCUUAAUCUGUCCCAGCUGCUGAGGCCGGAUUUGUUUCAGCUGUCCCGAGAGAGAGAGGGUCCCAGAUGCGAUACAAGACUUUCUAAGCAGAUGGCAUCUUCCCCAUGAAACAUCACCCCCAUGUCUCAAAUGGACUCUUUUAAGUUAUUAUAAGCUUUGUUAUUUAUAGAAUUUAUAAAUGAUUGUAAAUUAAAAUUUCUGAUUGCUAAAUGUUGUUGGUUUCUUUUUAAACAGCACAUGUUGACAUCCUGUUUUACAUGGCUGUCUAGAGCAGGGCGCUUCACACUUUUGAAUACCAAGGACCCCAAUGACAUUCCCCCUCUGAUGAACCUCCGUCUCGUUUUUUAAUAUAAAGACACAUUUGUGAGA